GUUAAAAUUUUGAAAUUAUGGUGAGCCUUUUUGUUCAUCUAGCGGUUGAGAAUGGCUCGAAUGCAUCAUAAAUUCUGCCGACUGCCGUAGCAGUUAUCUCCCGUGCCAUCUGCAGUGGUCUCAUACGCAGCUGAGCACUAAACUGUAAACAGCGAAGUUCCCAACUUCAACCCCAAACUAAGGUUAUUUCCGUCAUUCCAUCACCAUAGUUUCAAGUUUCAAAAGUCACUUCCCUAUUCUUCCCUUUCCCUCUCUUGCUCCUCCGGUGCCAUGUCUCGCCGUAAGUUUCCUUUUCUUGGUUUUAGUCGGAACCGUUAGUCAAUCUUUCUUCUUUCUUGAUCAUAUCCGAACCGUCCAUUUCCUAGCAAAAUCAAGAAAGAAACAAAGAAAGACAUGGAGACGAAGAUUCUAGAGAUCAACUUGAUCUCUGCCCAAGGUCUGAAGCCGCCAUCUGCUAACCUACGCCGCUUGCAAACGUAUGCCUUGGUUUGGGUCGAUUCCUCCACCAAGCUCCGAACCCGACUUGACCGAGUCGGAGGAGAGAAUCCUACUUGGAACGACAAGUUCCUCUUCAAAGUCACCACUGAAUUCCUUUCUAGUGAGACCUCUGGUGUUUCAUUUGAAAUCUAUGCCGUUGGUUGCCUCCGUGACUCAAUCCUCGGCACCGUCCGUUUCCUUAUCAGCAACCUCCCAGUCUUUUCCCCCAACGAAGAAAUGAUCAAAACGCCUUCCUUCAUUGCUCUACAGAUUCGUCGUCCGUCUGGAAGGUUCCAAGGGGUGCUCAAUAUCGGUGUUAUCAUCAAUGACAGCUCUGAUUUCGCAACCCUAAAUGGAGUACCGGCUAUUGAUUAUCGUGAUCUUAUGGGAGAGAGUAUUAAUCGCCGACGGCGUCGCGAUUCAAAGAAGUCUAUUUCAAUGGAAGAGGAUGCGCACGGCGAAAAUUCUUGUGGAGAUUCGGGAGAUUUAUCUGAUGGUGAUGAUUCCACGACUUCUUCAUCUUCAGCAGCAUCAACGGCGUUGAAGGACUGGAACGGAGUUAUAGAUUUGGUGGGAACGAAUAAUUUGAGGUCAUCAUCGGACAACGAAGGGCUGUUUUGUGGGUUGCUGUUCCAGAGGAGGCUUCCUCUGUGCUUGUGCAAACAGAAUCUUCAGGUCUACGGUGGAUCACAAAAAGAGAAUUGAUGACGGUCUAGAUUGAUUUCCAAAGGGAUGACUAAUUCUUUUCAAUUUUUGAUCGUAACGGUUGAUUCUUUUCAAUUUUUGAUCGUAACGGUUGUUUGAAUUGUACUUCUCGAAAGACCGUAAGAUCAGUAUUUUGCGAUUUGACCAUGAUGGAAUUUUCCUGAUUAACGGUGGAGAUCAUCUCUCUGUCCUCCUA